CACAGGUCCUUUAGUUGGAUGGGAACUAGCUACUCACGAUUAUUCAUGUAUUCCUGUGUUCAGGGUAGCCUAGCAAAGGAUUUGACACCAAUGAAAUGCACUUAACAGGAUGGAAUUACAGUAUAUUAUAAUAUAUUCUGAGUACCUGCGAUAGACUCUUAAACACUGACUACGCUAAUCAGAUAAUAGCUGGAUGUUUUAGUUAAAAUACACAUAAGUGCUGUGACUGAAAAUGAGAGAAGAAGUGCAUCCAGGUUUAACCCUUCAUCAGUCAUCUGUAUGUAAAAAAGCCUCUCAAAGGAAAAAUACUUUAAAGAAUGUGUGUUCUGUUAUCUCCACAAGACCUCUGGGUUCCUUCACAAACAGUGCUGGGGAUCUGCUAAGACAAAAUAUGGACAUUCUUAGGAAACUUGUGUGUCAGAAAAACACCAUAUUUCAGAAUGUUUGGACCAAACAUUCCAAAUCUUCCAUCAGUUAUGCAAAAGGAAGAAUUUAUUUUGACAAUUUCCGAUGUUGUUUUAACAGCAUUCCAACAAAGCCACAACAAAUUUAUGAAAUGCCCAGGUGUUCAAAGUUAGAAAAAAUUGAAGAUGCAUUAUUGUGUGAAGGCCCGGUGGGCGAAUCACUACCUCAGAAAUCUGACUACACACCCUCCUUAAUAGCUGUCACUGGUCACAACUGGCUAUUGCGUCUUUCUGCGCAUACUGGAGAAACACUUGAAAAGGUUUAUCUGGGUUCAUAUAGGAAAUUCAGGUACUUUGCUUGGGAUCUUCCCCAGGAGACUCUAGUGCUGAAAUCUAUUCAAAGGAAAGCUACCACAAUGCAGCAAGAGACUGGAAGCCAUGGAGCAGUGCUGUUUUAUCUUGCAGUAUUCAGUGUUUACCCUUUUGCAUUACUGGGAAUAAUGGAGAUAAAUAAAGAUAUUUUUGGAUCCAACGUUACAGAUGCAAUGAUUUCUCACGGCAUGCUCAUAGUAAUGCACAGUGUUGGGCUAGUGCGGAUUUACAGCUUUGAGAAAAUUGCUGAACAGUAUAUGCAGCAAAAACUUAUCAUAGGACACAGUUGUAGCUGGAAAGGUGAAACGGGGACAGUUGGACAAUAUCCAUUUGGCAUUCCUUGUAACAUUACAUUUACAGAAAGCCCACCUUUUCUUUUUGAAGUAUCGUGCCAAGACAAUGCAUUUCAGGUUGGUGGAUUUCCCUGGCAUUACAUCAUCACACCGAACAAGAAAAAAGACAAAGGGUGUUUUCACGUUCGAUCCUUGGAUGAUCACAGUUUGGCCAAGAAUGGUAUAUUAGACAUGAAAUGCUGCUCUUUGGAACCUGAUUGGAUACAUUUUCAUCCUGAUGCAUCUGAAAGAAUAAUUCAUGUAGGACCUAAUCAAAUCAAUGUUCUCAGGCUAAAGGAGCUACAAAAUGAUUCACAUAGUCAUCAAGUUGUCGAGGAUUUUGUCAUUUUAGCCAGCAGAGAGAGACAAGUUAAUAACCUUGUCACUAAAACAGCAUCUGGGAGGUUGGUGAAAAAGCGUUUCAGUCUACUUGAUGAUGAUCCCGAACAAGAGACUUUUAAAAUUGUUACUUAUGAAGAUGAAUUGGACCUAUUAACUGUGGUGGCAGUGACACAGACAGAAGCAGAGGGAAAAGCUCAUGUUGACCUCCACUGUAAUGAGACAGGGAAAAUUCUAAAGAAGAUCCCCUUACUGGAAUCCUGGGAUGUGACUUUUAGCCAUGCAGUGUUUUUUGACAGAGACACUCUGGUGCACAUAGAAGAAAGACCAAACCGCCACUUCUCAUGUUAUGUUUACAAAAUGCAGCGUAACUUUGCUGAAUGAGGAUUCACCAAUACUUUUACAUUAAACUUACAAAAAACUCAUGAAGGGGGGGGGGGGGGUAUUGUAAUAUUUUUAUUAUGGAUUUUUACUUUUAAACAAAUAAAGAUUACUCUGUGAUUGCAGUGUUGUAUUUUUUUCCUAGCAUUAAUUUAUAGGGCACUUAAAAAAAUACUUGAAUUAAAACAAUUUUCUUGACUGUUUAUUAAAACAAGUAGGUUUAGGUUUGGUGCCUUUUUAUUUUAUUUUUUAUUAUUAUUAUUGUUACUAUGCAAUACCAUGAUGGGAAAAAAAGCUUACAAUAAAUAAACUUUAAAUUACAAAUUACAA